AACUUCCAUAUCUGAACAGAAGAAAGCCACUGGUUUUGGUUUUGUCGGAAAAAGGAGAAGAUGCCCACUUUAAAUCUCUUCACUAACAUACCAGUCGACGCCGUCACUUGCUCCGACAUCCUCAAGGACGCUACUAAGGCCGUCGCUAAAAUCAUCGGCAAACCUGAAUCCUAUGUGAUGAUACUGCUCAACAGUGGAGUGCCCAUUGCAUUUGCCGGUACCGAGGAACCCGCUGCAUAUGGAGAAUUGAUAUCUAUAGGGGGAUUAGGACCUGGCGUUAACGGGAAGCUUAGUGAGACGAUAUCUGAGAUUCUCCAAAUUAAGCUCUCCAUAGAUAGCUCUCGCUUUUAUAUCAAAUUCUACGAUUCCCCGCGACCCUUCUUCGGAUUCAACGGAUCAACUUUCUGAAACGAUGGCGAUCGAAGAGGCGAAUGCAACCUUGUAAUGAUAUUUGUUGGGUUUGAACUGUUUGAUUAUUGAAUUCAAAAGCUGUAAUUCUUAUCUUAACCUUGAUUUAUAAUUUUACCUCCCGUAAAAGCCAAUAUAUUUCAUGUUUAAAC